GUAUUUUUGCAGGGAGCAUGUUGGGACGGCUGCUUCUCCUUGUGUGCCUGUUGGUGCCGAGUGUGAGGCCAGCCGCUCACACCCUGCAUUACGCUUUCACCCUCGUCUCCAAUUCGGCCGGUCAGUCCUACUUCGUUGUCGCGUUUGUGGACGACGCCCAGAUAGGGCGGUACAGCAGUGACACGCAGAAGGUGGAGCCUCUGCUGGACUGGAUGAAGGAGCGCCUUGAGCCGCAGCACUGGGAAACCAUGACUUCCUGGGGCAAGCAUUACCAGAACUGUCACACCAAGGAUAUGGGCUUCUUUAUUGAUCGCUUUAACAAUACAUACGGGGACAGAGGCCCGUUCAUCUACCAGGUGAACUUUGCCUGCGAGGUGCACGAGGACGGCGGCGUCAGCGGACACGAGGCCUUUGCCUUCAACGGCAACGAGUUCAUGUUCUUCGAUAAGGGCAACAUGCGGUUCGUCCCGGUGAGACGCGAAGCCGAGGUCAUAGCCCAGGUGUGGAACGGGCAGCAGUUCAGCGCCAUCAAGCACAAGAACCACAUGGAACAGGACUGCGUCCAGUGGAUGGCGCUCUAUCUGAGAUACGGGAAAGGCCGACUGGAGAAGAAAGUUCAGCCCACGGUGAAGGUUUUCAGUCGGGAGUCGGACGGCGCGACUAAGCUUCACUGCUGGGUGUAUGGGUUCUAUCCCCGAGACGUGGAUGUGAGGUGGGUGAGGAACGGGACCGAGGAGGACUCAGAGGAGCACAAAGAGAUUCUCCCCAACCCCGACGGUACCUACCAGAUCAGAAUCACUUUGACCAUGCAACCGGCAGACGUCGACUCGUACUCCUGCCACGUCGAUCACAGCAGCGUCAAUGGGACGCAGAUUUACAAACUGCCGGAGCCGGACAAAAGAGGUCACGUCAUCGUUAUCGCUUGUGUUGCUGUCGUCUUCAUUAUGGCUGUUGCCGUUGUUGUCGCCGCUGUACUUAAAUUUAAACGUCGAUAACGGAGAGCGAAUACGGGAGGAUGAAAGCAAAGCCUGUAGUUGCCUUAUGAACACCACGCACAAGUGCCGCCUCGCCUUCACACUCUCUCCAUGCCAAGAGAUGGGGCACAUUUUAGACCAGUUCCUCUGGUUGGUGGCCUUCAAAAUGCCUUCAAUGUCUUGGUGGCCUUCAAAAUGCCUUCAAUGUCUUGGAGAAGGCCAAAGAGACAUUUAAUUUUGUAUUUCCCUCUGGCAGUUAGUUGGAUAAUAUACUCCUCUCUGGUUGACUGAUAUUUUGGGUGGCCCAUUCCACUGACCCCGGUAUAUAAGUUUUGGGUGUGUAUGAGGCCGAUUGUCUUUUGGAUAUUCCUUAUGGUCCAUAUUUUCAGACCAGAUCCUCUGGUCAUUGGCCUUCAAAAUGCUCAUGGUGCCAUGGUUUUGGAGAAGGCCAAAGAGAUACUUAUUUUUGUGUUUCCCUCUGGCAAACUGUGGUGAGCUCUAUUUUCACUCUUAGAUAAUAUGCUCCCCUCUGGUUAACUGAUAUUUUGGGUGGCCCAUUCCAGUGACCCUGGUAUAUAAGUUUUGGGUGUGUAUGAGGCUGAUUGUCUUUUGGAUAUUCCUUAUGGUUCAUAUUUUUCAGAACAGUUCCUCUGGUUGGUGGCCUUCAAAACGCUCAUAGUGCCAUGGUUUUGGAAAAGGCCAAAGAGGCGCUUAUUUUUGUAUUUCCCUCUGGCAGAUAGUUGGAUAAUAUGCUCCUCUCUGGUUGACUGAUAUUUUGGGUGGCCCAUUCCACUGACCCUGGUAUAUUCAAAAUGCUCAUAGUGCCAUGGUCUUGGGAAAGGCCAAAGAGGCGCUUAUCUUUGUAUUUAACUGCUGGUGCUAAGAGCGUCACGUGUCGAUUCCCACUGUUUGUCAGUUGUAAUUUAAUGAAGUGAUAUUUUGGGUGGCCCAUUCCACUGGGUGUGUAUGAGGAUGAAUGUCUUUUGUAUUUUUGGAUUUCCCUCUGGCAAACUGUGGUGAGCUCUAUUUUCACUCUUGGAUAAUUUGCUUCUCUCUGGUUGACUGAUAUUUUGGGUGGCCCAUUCCACUGACCCUAGUAUAUAAGUUUCCACUGGGUGUGUAUGAGGCUGAUUGUCUUUUGGAUAUUUCUGAUGGUGCAUAUUUUUGACCAUUUCCUCUGGUCAGUGGCCUUCAAAAUGCUCAUAGUGCCAUCGUCUUGGGAAACGCCAAAGAGACACUUAUUUUUGUAUUUCCCUCUGGUCGGAUUAUUGGAUAAUUUGCUCCUCUCUGGUUGACUGAUAUUUUGAGUGGCCCAUUCCACUGACCCCGGUAUAUAUGUUUUGGGUGUGUAUGAAGCUGAUUGUCUUUUGGAUAUUUCUCUGGUCAUUGGCCUUCAAAAUGCUCAUGGUGCCAUGGUUUUGGAGAAGGCCAAAGAGAUACUUAUUUUUGUAUUUCCCUCUGGUCGGAUUAUUGGAUAAUAUGCUCCUCUCUGGUUGACUGAUAUUAUGGGUGGCCCGUUCUACUGACCCUGGUAUAUAUGUUUUGGCUGUGUAUGAGGCUGAUUGUCUUUUGGAUAUUUCUUAUGGUCCAUAUUUUCAGACCAGAUCCUCUGGUCAGUGGCCUUCAAAAAGCUCAUGGUGCCAUGGUUUUGGAGAAGGCCAAAGAGACGCUUAUUUUUGUAUUUCCCUCUGGCAGAUAGCUGGAUAAUAUGCUCCUCUCUGGUUGACUGAUAUUUUGGGUGGCCCAUUCUACUGACCCUGGUAUAUUCAAAAUGCUCAUAGUGCCAUGGUCUUGGGAAACGCCAACAAGACGUUUAUUUUUGUAUUUAACUGCUGGUGCUAAGAGCGUCACGUGUCGAUGCCCAGUGUUUGUUGGUUGUAACUUAAUGAAGUGUUUGGAGGGCGCGGUUAACCCUACGCCUCAUCUGCUUCCGUAACACAUUAAUAAGCAGAUGCUUAAUUUGCUCAGAGAUGUUGGGGACGCAACUUUUUGAUUUGAGAGGGUCAAGAUCCACUUGCCCCGAUGCUUCUAGAUAAAGGUUUACGGAUGUCCACACAGACAUAUAUACGCAUCAACCUGGCCAGGGAAAGACCCCGACCUAUAGACCUAUUUAACAUUAACAUUAAAUGGGCGACUACCAAUCGUUUUGAAGGAGACCUAUUGUGUGAAAAUACAAAAAUGUCCCGGUGUAUUACACUCCUCUAUAGAAGGAACGUGCGGAGAAAAGUAGUAUUUCAGUAUUUUCAGUAUUUCAGGUUGAUUAUUUAAUAUUUUCCCCCAAAACCCGACUACCUCGGAGUAUUUUCUCAAAACAUUUGUAUAAUUUUUUUGAAAAUUUUUGAGAUUUACAAAAAGCACCAGGUUUAAGCUGCCUGCGGAGGCUUUAGAUAUUCAAUUUUUGAGAGUUUUAUUGUAAAGAAAAACACGAAGAAAUAGAAUAGUCAGUGGCAGCCUGUCCUUGACUCAAGGGGAAGUUAAAAGUGUUAUUUUUAGGGAUGCACCGACCCCCACUUUUUUGGAUUCGGCCGAACCUACCCAGAAGGGUUUGGCCGAAUCCCGAACCAAAUCCGAAUCCCAAUUAGCAUAUGCUGAUUAGGACUGGAAGGGGUUAAAAAAAAAA